GUUUGCUGCUCUGGCUCAUUAAGGGUUUUUUUCCUCUUCUUUUGCUUUGUUUUUUUCCUUAAUAAAAAUAUGAAUUGAAUUAAUAUGCAAUCGACAGAGUGUUAGCGCUGAUCUCUCAAAUUAUCAAUGGAUCUAUGCAUUAUCUCUCCCACCCACAUUAUCGUUUCUGUCAUAUUUUGUUUAGAUUUUUGUUUUUUUGAUCUGUGGAUGUCGAUCUGAUAAUCUCUUAUUUGUUUCGGAUUCUAACUCUUUCUCUCUCUCUCUCUCUCUCUCUCUCUCUUUUACAUUUUUUAAAAUGUUAUUUUGUUCCGAUCAUUGAUGUGUUUGCUAUUCCAGAUCUGAAGGAGAGCUCCAAGAAUCAAGCGGAAGAAAUGUCGUCGAACUAUGUGAUCAAGGAGGAGAGUUACGAUUAUCACCCCAAACACCACCAGCACCAGGCGCCGUCGCCGCGGGGAGUAGUGCGGCGGAGCUCGUCCUCGAGCUCCUCCUCCUGCUGCAGCCAGGGCGUCGCCGGCUUCGCGGCGCCGAAAUGCGUGUGCGCUCCGGCCACCCACGCUGGUUCCUUCAAGUGUCGUCUCCACAGGACCAACCCCCAGGCCUACAAACCGCUCUCCCCCACCACGAUCCCCGCGCCACGGCUCUCAGGAGCCGCCGCCGCCGCCCCCGCCGUGGAGGCUUAGUGACUCACUCCGUCCAUGCAUGGAUCUAGCGAUUCCCGAUGUGUUCCGCCAAUGCUCACCCUAUCCUUAUCCCCGCUGAUUCCCCUUCUUUAUGUCUGAUUGGGGGGAUCAGAAGGCUAAGUGUUAAAAAGUGGUGUGAAAUCCCCAUGUUACUACUUGCUUGUGAGAUCUACUUCCUGUUGAAUCUGUUCUUGUAAAUAUGAUCCUAUUUUAUUUUUCCAUU